AGCGGGGCCGGAGUGCAGCAUCCCAGAGACGGUGCGAGAGGUGCCCCGAGACCAGCGGAGCCGAGACCAUGCCCAAGUGCCCCCGCUGCCAGAAGGAGGUCUACUUCGCUGAGAAGGUGACUUCUCUGGGGAAGGACUGGCACCGACCCUGUUUGAGAUGCGAGAAGUGUAACAAGACCCUGACAUCUGGCGGCCAUGCAGAGCACGACGGCAAGCCCUACUGCAACCACCCCUGCUACGCUGCCUUGUUCGGGCCCAAAGGGUUUGGCCGGGGAGGAGCUGAGAGCCACACAUUCAAGUAAACCUCAGGUGUGACAGCCAGAGCUCCAGCACAGCCUGAAGACAGCACAAACGCACCGCGACAGACAUGCAUUUCAGAUUUCAUUCACCCUAGACUAGACUAGCACCUUAAAAGCAAUAAGUAACCGAGGCUGGGGCUGGAGUGGCGAGAGGCUUUGCUCCAGAUGGAGUGCUGCGGGACUGCCGGGGGCGUUGGGACGUCCUGAUGGAUAGGAACUCUGGCUGACAUCGCCCAAAGCUGCCUGGAGAGGAGACCACACCUUGCCAGUCAAACCCCAGCCCUGCUUCUGGUGCCCAGUGCUCGUGGCUGGGCCCACAGUUGUAUUCUCAGUCUUUAAUAAACCCAGACUAAAAGAUGCUUCCCCCA